AAAAUCAUUGCCAGUCGUUUAGGCAGGACCUUUUUAGACAAUACUUCUUUAGAAGAAAAUUCUGGAGAAGGAAUCACUACUGUGAAGAUAAAGGGGGGAGAAACAGUUUCUGAAACAGACAUAAAAUAUGGAUCAUUAGUGGAACAAUUGGAUCCUGUACCGACUGCAUCGGCAGAUUUAGUCUCCAUUGCUCCAAAGGAAACAUCUGAAGUUGAAACCGCUGCAGAGGGAACUACAAAUGAAGAAGAAUGUUUAGAUCUGCAACAGCCUAAAAGAGAUAGAAAGCAGUUUGAACAUUACAUUAAAAGUCACAUUGACCACGAUGCUUUCAGCUGGCGAAUAAUCGAAGGAGUAGCAGAGUUUGUUGUAUUAAGUUUGCAUGUUCUUUUUGGAACUAAUAGAAUUAAAGAAAUUCAAAAUGAAGGAGGGGAUGUCGAGAAUUUAAAACAUCUUGAUGUUUGCUGCCAGCUUUACCAGUUCCUAUGGGAAUGUAAAUGCGGAGUUAACCUCCUGUACAAUGGGAAAAAGGUUGGAGAAGCUAAACGUGCGCUUUAUAAACAGGGAGAGCAAGGGGAUUAUUCAGCAGCUGUAAUGGAUAGAAGUGGUUUUGAGAUAGCCCUUGUCAAAAUGGACCAUGAAGAGGAAGUAAGCAUUGACUUUGCUGACUCGAUAGCUGAUCAGUGGAACAAACUUGGCAUGGGAACUCAGCUAGUAUUCAAAGGAAGAUACAAGAAUUACCAUGACAUACCACUUGACACGGAAGUAUAUAAAAUGGGUCCCAAGACAGGUCUUACAAAAGGAAAAAUUACUAAGAAGAAUGAACCAUACAAGUUGUUGAAUGGGGUAUUGCUGCUGUUCAAUCAGGUUGAGGUUCAAUGGGAAAAUGUUCCAUUUUCAGAACCAGGGGAUUCAGGAUCUAUGGUAUUCUCUGUAGAAAAAGAGGAGAUGAUAUCAAUUGGAAUUGUAACGGGUGGUAAAAGAGAAAAGAAAAUAAGUAUUGUAACACCAAUAAGUGAGAUAAUGGAAUACAUCAGAGAAAAGAACAAAGGAAAAUACUAUAGGCUAAAACAGUUUAUGCUGAAAAUGGAUGGAAGAAAUUUAACAAAAAUAAUUACUGACAAAAUAAAGAAAAGAAUGCUACCUAGGUCAUAGCUGGGUCUGUGUUUCUGAAGAAAUAUUGCCUUCCUGUUAUAAAAAAGGCUCCAUUUUAUAUAAAAUGGAUCACAUUAGUUUUUUUCAUUAGUAUUUUCUUAGGAAAACUUUAAUACACACAGAAGGAGAAGUUGAUGGGGUAGUUCUUUAUACUGAUACACAUUUUCACCACUUAAAACUUAAAAUUAAUAUGGUUGUUGAAGAACACUUAAUAUAUUUUUGACAGUUUUUAAAUGAUAAAAAUCUUGAAAUCCUGUUAAAAAUGUUCUCAGUAUCAGACAAGUAAAAUUGUGCCAACAUUGAGGUGCUUGAAAAAAUUAUUAACAUCCUUUUGUGAAGUGUUCACUAUCGUACAGAGAUUGUUAACCUUUAGCUUGCUGCCGGCAAUUGUUCUGUCUUUGCAACCAGUGCAGACCAAAAUCUGUGCAGGCUGAUCAGUCUGCAUUGUUCGCUAUUCAGUCAGUAAAUUUCCAUUAAAUACCCCUUCGAAUAAUAAAAGGUACUGCCCAAAUUGAAUGAUGGAUCAGUCCAUUUUAGAAAUUUUUCAGGGUAAAGGUUAAUGGUGAUCAUUGCCAUUAUCUGUAUGUCUACCAAAGUUGUUCGAACGGUUCCGCUUGGUUGCACAAAGUGACCCCAAAGUAGAAAAAUGUUCAAACAACAUCUCCUAAACCAAUGGUCCAAUUUUGAAAUAAUUUCACACAAAUAGUCCUUAUGUCACCCUCUACCAAGAUUGAUCAAAUUAUAUCGAUUCGUCUAAAAACAUGGCCUCCAGAGGGCGUAGUCACUUUUCCCUGUAUGUAUAGACAAGAUACAAUAUUUUGAUCUAACUAGAAACCAUAACAUUUUUAAACCAUGACAUAUUUCUAUAGGCUCAUAGAGUGAUCUAAUAGCUAAGAUUUUUUAGCUCGACUAUACGAAGUAUAAGGAGAGCUAUCCUACUCGCCCCGGCGUCGGCGUCUUUCCGCGUCCCCACCUUGGUUAAAGUUUUGGUGCACUUUCCCUUUUUUCAACUUAUCUCUGUAAUUACUUGACGCAUUUGAUUCAAACUUGAAAUACUUAUUCCUCAUCAUCAUCCACAUCAUCUGACAUAAGGGCCAUAACUCUGGCACCAAUAUUUCAUGAAUUAUCCCCCCUUAUCACGUAGAUUUUCAGGUUAAAGUUUUGAUGCACUUUCACUCUAUCUCUGUUAUUACUGAAUGGAUUUGAUUCAAACUUAAAAUAGUUGUUCAACAUCAUCACCCACAUCAUAUGACACAAGGUGCAUAACUCUGGCACCAUUUUUUCAUGAAUUAUUCCCCCUUUUUACUUAGAAUUUCAGGUUAAAGUUUUGGUGCACUUUCACUCUACCUCUGUUAUUACAAAAUGGAUUUGAUUCAAACUUAAAAUAGUUGUUCAGCAUCAUCACCCACAUCAUAUGACACAAGAUGCAUAACUCUGGCACAAUUUUUCAUGAAUUAUUCCCCUUUUUACUUAGAAUUUCAGGUUAAAGUUUUAUGCACUUUCACUCUAUCUCUGUUAUUACUGAAUGGAUCUGAUUCAAACUUAAACAAUUGUUCAACAUCAUUACCCUUAUCACAUGACACAAGGUGCAUAACUCUGGGACCAAUUUUUCAUGAAUUAUUUCCCCUUUUUACUUAGAAUUUUAGGUUAAAGUUUUGAUGCACUUUCACUCUGUCUCUGUUAUUACUGAAUGGAUUUGAUUCAAACUUAAAAUAGUUGUUCAACAUCAUCACCCACACCAUAUGACACAAGGUGCAUAACUCUGGCACCAUUAUUUAAUGAAUUAUGCCCCUUUUUGCUUAGGAUAUACUUAUAUAGUGUUUUGAUACAUUUUAUCUUUACCUCUCUUAUUACUUUAAGUUGAUAUUUUUGACAUAGACACAGGCUAUUGUGCAAUAUCUUCAUCCACAAUUGGAGUCAUUAAACACUCCAGUGACAGCUCUAGUUUCCUCAGAUAUGCCCAGUUUCACUAUCCAGCAUCGAAAUAGUCGAGCACGCUGUCUCCUGUGACAGCUCUUGUUUAUUUUGCUCCUCAUCCCUUUAGGUCAGAAACAUGGUUUUGAGUUUACAAUUUUCUAAUGAGAGAAAUCUUUAUAGUGACUUGUAGAAGGUUAGUGUAACUUUCCAGUUUGACAGAAAUUGGCUAAUGCGGCCUUGGCUCUUUCAUAAUCAUUUAAGAGAAAAGUUAUAAAACUUGUGUUGAUAAGAUUUAAGGUAAGACUCGUCAAAAGCAAAGAACAAUGAAUACAUAUUUUUGUUGACUUUACAUAGAUUUUAAGUGUGCUUUACUAAUAUGUGCCAUUUACUUAAAGUUGUGCAAUAUAUAUAUUUUCCUGCCAUAAUAAAUUUUUAGUUCA